GCGGCGCGGCGCGGCCCCGCUGGGUGGGGGCGAGCCGGCAAUGGAGGACGAGCGGAGCUUCUCGGACAUCUGCGGCGGCCGCCUGGCCCUGCAGCGCCGCUACUACUCUCCCUCUUGCCGGGAGUUCUGCCUCAGCUGCCCUCGGCUCUCGCUGCGCUCCCUCACCGCUGUCACCUGCACCGUGUGGCUGGCGGCCUACGGACUCUUCACCCUCUGUGAGAACAGCAUGAUCCUCUCUGCUGCCAUCUUCAUCACCCUCUUAGGCCUACUUGGUUACCUCCAUUUUGUGAAGAUUGAUCAGGAGACUCUGUUAAUCAUUGAUUCCCUGGGCAUCCAGCUGACCUCAUCCUACGCCUCAGGCAAAGAAAGCACCACCUUUAUUGAGAUGGGCAAGGUGAAGGAUAUUGUCAUUAACGAGGCUAUUUACAUGAAGGUGAUUUACUACCUCUGCAUUUUAUUGAAGGAUCCAGUGGAACCACAUGGGAUAUCCCAAGUAGUACCUGUCUUCCAGGUGAGCACAGAACACUUAAGUUUCCUUUCUCCAGAGAAAUUCUCUACCUCCUCUCGUACUCCUUGCAUAUGCACUGCUGUUUAUGCUCAGUGGGAAUGUAAACUUUUGUCAGAGUUUUUGAGGAUACCUGGCAACUAUUUCCAGUGAAAAUUAGGAUUUUAGUUAUUUUAGAAGUUCCUCUCUGAAGCAAAUAUAGGCUUUCAAAAAUAAUAUGAAUUCAUGCAAAUUUUAGAGAAAAAAUAAUCAAAUAUGUAGCAAUUUCUGCCCAUAAAUUACUAUUCAUCUACUUUGACUCUCAGUUUCCCAUUAUACAGUUUCACCCAGAUGUCAUUAUCUACACAUAUUAGGCACUAUUUUGUGCUUUGUUUAUUAAAUAGUUAUUUAAUAUGCAUUUUCAUUCAUCUGCAAAGGCCGUUAUACUUUAAAUAAUUAUAUAGUAUUCCAUCAUGUUGAAAUAUUAUAGUUUACUUUAGCCACUCUAUUUCUAGCUUUUUAAAUUGUGUCCAGAUUACUUGUUUUGCUCUUAGGAAAAACCACUUGAACAAACAUGAUUGUAAUAAAUUAUAGGUAUUUAUUUACGUAUGCAUUUAACCCUGCUCCACUGCUGUUCCUUUUUCACAAAAGAUUUUAAGGCAGCUAAGCUCAAAAAAAAAUUCUUUGGCAUUAUAGUUUCAAAUUAUAGCUAUUUUGUUAAAGUUUAUGAGCAGUUCCAUGGGUUUUUGUUCGUGUUUGAGAUUGAGCUGCAGAGAUUGGACCACUUUACCAUGCUAUUGGGAGUUUUUACUUGCCUUUUCUGCAGUCUUGGCUAGCAGUGAAUUCAACUGGUUCUUUUCGUUUAGUAUGUAGGUAAAGGCAUUUUAAAGUUAUUAAAUUUGUAUCUUUUUACAUGACUGACUCUUCAUAUUUCCUUGUAUCUCCUAUCAGUAUUUUGUUUUAAAUUAUCCAUCUCUAUUAGUCAAGUAGAAUCUAGAUAUUAAUUAUGUAACAAUUCUUUUUAUAUUUUAAGUAGCAAACUUUCAUUAAAUAUUCUUUCCACAUAUAUUUUUCCCAUUCUGUGGCUUUUCUUUUAGUUUUGGUUGUGUUACAUUUCAUUUCACAAAAUGUUUUACAAUAUUUGCAUAUUAAACUGUCCUUCUGGUCUCUGAGGACUCUAUCUCAGCUUGUGACACUUCUCAGAGGGCCUGUCCUUGUUAUUCUUCUUCUUCUCUUAGAGGUUGUGAAAUUUAGACAGAUUAAAAAAUUGUCUUUUGAGCUCCUGCCUCACACAGUUCACGGGCUGGCUACGGGCAUAGUUUUGGAGUCCUUCUAGCAAGGUACUGAGGUGUGAACUUCCUGCUGUCUGAGCUCAUUUCUCUGCCAUUUAUGCCCCUUGAUGUGGGUGAGAGAUUGAGUUUACACGUGGAUGCAACACCACUGAGCACUCUCUUACGUUCAUCUUGACUCUGCGUUUCUCCCCUUUGGAAUUCAGAGUGCCAAGCCCCGGCUGGACUGCUUGAUUGAAGUGUACAGGAGCUGCCAGGAGAUCCUGGCACACCAGAAAGCCACAUCAACAAGCCCAUGAGUCCCAGCAUUCAAAAGGCCAGUAUUGUCUUCCUUGGGAGAUGACUCUUAAGUCAUAGUGGCUGGUUCAUUUUCUGUAUUCUAAAUUAUCACGUGGACACAGUCCUAGGAACCAGUGUGGGUGCUGUGGAUCUCAGAGCCAUAGAGCAGGUGACUGGAAACCUAACUCGUUGUGUGAUGUUGAGCAACGUAUUUCUGUGUAUUUUAGUGUUCCCCUUGUAAGAUGUUGCCUACUUUACCAACUGAGGGAAGACUUUAAGAAACAGUAUGUCAAAAAUAAUAUCAGCAAAGAGCACUUUCAUGAAAUUCCUAAGCACAUUCAGUUUGCUUUCUAUUGAAAUUUGUGGAGCAAGACAGUGGGAAACUGACAUCAGGUUUCUUGAGAAAGGUAUCAUUUCCAACUGCAGAGCACCACUGUGUAAAAGUUAAUAAUAAAAAAGCCAGCCCUUCAGGUACUAGUUAGCGGGAAGAAAUGUCCUACAAAAGACUACUCUGUCCACUUAGCUCCUGUGUUAGCAGGGUUAAUUUAUAACUCUCUUAAUAAACAAAUCUUCUUAAAACAUACACAAUAAUUGCCUGGUUCACAGACAGCUGCUUUUUAUUGACAAACACAAUCAUGGCGUUUCAGUCAUGGGUGUCAAGCACAUGAAUACUUUCCUGUUACUCAUCAUUAGCUACGGUUUCAAAAGCUUCUUUUGCCAAAAGGGAUGAGACAAAAGGUCAGACAGAUUUGACUUUUGUUUCCAGACAUAGGACUUGCGUGUUAAAGAAGGAUAAAUAAGAGAACUGUAGAAGCCUUUGUUUAUAAGGAAGCUUCUUCUGUAUAAAAUUAAUAAACUGAGAGGAUUCCUGAAGGAUUGGGAGGGAGGGGAAGCGGGGGAAUAGCGUGGCGUCAAGUUCAGUAUGAAAAAACUCCUUGCCUAGUCUUUAUAUGGAAUCCUAAUUUUUUUUUAAACAUCCCUCCCUGGCAGAUGAUGUUAUCCUCAUUGGUCCUAGAGACACUCAAGAUAUUAAAAACCAGAGCUGCAAUCUCUGCCUUUUACACAGCUCUGGAGGGUUACCCAGGAACCUGUGGUAUAUGUGAGAUGUGACUUGUUCGAGGUAGAAACGUCUCAGCUAGAUCCCUAAAUCCUGGUGGAAAAGGCAGUACAGAAGUGGGAGAUGGCUGUAAAACUGCCUGUCUUUAUAAAGUCAAGUUCAUUUAUAAGAUGCAGACUGAUGUGCUUUUUUCAUCAUGCUUGUCAGUUUAAAACGGGAAAGAAGGGGAAGUUUACAGCAGCUGAAGUGUUACAUGAACUACUUCCAGCAUGUUGUUUUUGCAGUGUGCAAGAAGCACACAUUGUUAAAGGCUUGGUUUUUGGAUGUUACUGCUAAAUCCAUCCAGUUUUCAGCACUUUACUGACAAAUGGCAAGAUUGCCCUAAAGCUAUGAAAUAAAAUUCAUUUUCUCAGGUGUUGGAAUAUCAGAGUAUGAACUCUUUCGUUUUGGUUUUUUUUUUUUUUCCUAUUAGGGGAAGGUGGGAGACAACUACCAUCUCCUUUGCUCUUGACUAGGUCUGGAGGGGUGAUAUUGGUGUCAUCACAAUGGCCAAAGGGGAAAGAAAACUUCAAUUUCUUUCCCCUAGUGCUGUUAGGCUAGAACAGAUAUCACAUAUGUGCCCUCUGCUCUCAAACUAAUUCCCAAGAGAAGUUCACCAGAAGUCCUGAGAAACAGGUCAGGGCCAUGAGCCUGGAGGGGUUCUCUGUGUUCUUGACUCAUCUUUGGCAGCAACCUCACAAAAAAGCAGAGCACAUUUCCUUGGCCUUUCAAAGAAUGGGGAAACAAAUAGUCACCGCCUCACCCUACAGUAGCGAGCACCACCUACCCUACACUAGUGAGCACCACCUCACCUUAACAGUAGUGAGCACAGCCUUCACUGAGCCCUGUUCAGUCUCUAAAAUGAGACAAGGAGAGGUCAGAUUGAAGCACCUCCUGCCUUUGCUUGGACAGUGUGUGGUACUGAGUUUGGCUGACAGUCCAGUGUGUAAGAGAACAGUUUCAUUCUUAGCAGGGAAAGCGUGCAAAGAUAGGAGCUGCUGCCCCUAUUCCUUUUUACCCAACACCUUGCCCACCUGGGAAGGAAGUCCAGUUUUAAUGAGUUCUAGGCUUUUGUUAGAGGUUCAGUUGAAAUGGAAAUUUUAGUCCUGUCUUGUUCAGGGGCUGGGAAAACUUCAAGUAUAAAUCCCCAAGUAAGGACCAUACACAUUGUAAAAAAUAUCUUACUUCCCUGAGAGUACCUUGGCGUACAGCACUGAUGCCCUCAGGUACAGUGGAUCAUUCCCUGUCUAUGUCUAGAUAAGGUAGCAGCCAGAGCUCAAUAUUCUUGUGGAAAAAAGUGAGUGGGUUUCAUCAUUGGACCUGGAUUUUUAAAAGUUUGGCCCUGAAACAUUGUAAGGCACCUAGAGAAUAAAGGCUUUGUGGACAAUGAAAUACUCAAACAUUUCACAGACUAAACCAAGGAGGGUUGGGGGACAGUUAGACCCAUCACAGUUAGUAUCAGAUACCCUAGGAUAUAUGGUUAAUCCUGCAGGGACCAGGUGUAAUUGGGGACGGUAGGAGUAAUCUUCACAGUAACGUUGGCCGCUUGGUAGCACGUGGAAUAGAAGCAAAGAACUGCCGUCCAUCCAGUUCCCAAGGUUGGCGGGAAGCAGGCGGGUUGGUUGGUGGGCUCACAGUUGCAGAGCAAUGAUUCAUGUAGCUGGCCAUGAUGAGGGUAGCCUCUGCAAUCUAAGGAGAAGACAGAAACAAAGGAAUUGAACUGGCCUUGGCUUGAAUCCUGGCUUUCUCACUAGUGGUUGUUGGGUGCCUAACCUUUCUGGGCUUCAGCUUCUUCAUCUCUUAAAUACCCACCUGGGAGAAAAUGUACAAAGGGGAUCAUUACUGUGAGUUUCCUCUAGAGGCCCGGUGAAAUGGGCAUCUGUUGGCCUGGAGGUGCUCUGAGAUGCACAGUACCUUCCUGAGAAAAGGAGGACCAGCUAUUCUGCUCUGAUUGCCUACAGAGCUGGGGAAGUGGGCCUUCUUGGAGGAAGGGGUCUGUAUAUCCUUUCGUUUGGAGGGAUGAUAUUAAAAGGAGGAGGAGGGUUGGCAAACUCCAACCUUAGGAUUAAAAGUAGAGGCAACAGUGUUUCUAGUUACUCUCAGAAGACAGUCAAGAAUUGUAAGUCAGAACUUAGGUUUUUGAGCCUUUGGAAUUGUUAUUUUUGCUAGUAAGCAUUUCCUAUACCAAACCAUAAGGAAGGUGGAGCACUGUGGAGACUGUCCCACUUUGUGGCUAGUGUUGGGGAGAACAGAACUCAAGACAGCGAGAAUACCCUUAAAAAGGAAGCUGGUCUGCCCUAGGACCUGCUGCAAGGAAGAAAGAAAAUGGGUCUGCAUGGUGCUGGGGCUUGAGAGAACUAAAAAUGAUAAAGUAAAAAGCAUAGUAGUAGCUGGACCAGAGUUAGUUCCUCCUGUUAGCCCUCUCCACCUACCAGCUCAACAGUGACUACUGUUCUACCUGAACCCUUUGGAGUACUGAUUAUAGACAAGGACAGAUAUUUUACAAGGGAGGCAAGGCUCUUUGGGAAUACUAUCAUAACCCUCUCUAAGCUCCAAGCCUGCCACGUCAUAUCAACAGAGUAAAAUGUUUUAGCAACUGUCAGACCCACCUUGGGAGCAGCCAUCCGGAAGAUCAACUUCUCAAUGUGGCCUUUUCCAGAGUUCUGGUCUUGAAUGGAUCUAAUCACAAGCAUGAAGUCAUCCCGGCAGCCACCAAAGGUAGUCACUGAAGAGUACGGGUAAGUGACAUGCACUUGCUGUGGAAAGGAGCGAGUUAGUUCUGGGGGAACUUUCCACCUGGCCUCCUGACCUAGGAUCCAUCAAUUGCUCAUCUUCUAGGCACAGGUAGCCUUAACUAGGGAGGAGAACACUGAAAUGGUUACAAUUUCGAGAUCUGUGUCUUGAAUGUCAACACGCUAUGUCUAGACUCUAUAGGACAGCUGUGCUCAGGCAGGGGGUGAGGCAGCCAUGGUCACUUAGCUCAGAUGAGAGAAGACAAGACGACAAGACAAUGUUUGGGAGAAGGAAGGGUCAAGGAGCCAGCCCUCAUCCCUCUAUACCAUAGUGUUGUGGUCCAGGAUGCUGACACCAUCCUCGUUCACAGCAAUCCACACCAGAGUAUUCUCCUUAGAAGACAGCUGGGCAGGAUGGGAAACAGAAAAAUCCUAUCAGACAUAUCCACAGCCUAGGAAUUCUGAACGAUGAGAGCUUUCUGAGGAAGAAGGCAUAUCCAGGGAUCUGCUAAGCAGUAAUUUCCAAACUUUUUCUCAUCUUGGAGAACUAGAAAAUGGUAUCUGUUUACUGGAGUGAACAGACAAGGCUGCCCAUGGCAGGAGGCAUCUGGCCUUGAGGCUCUGAUGCCUAACUGUCCAGGGGUGGAGAGGAUUGAGCUCGUGGCAUACCUAUAACCCAUCAUGCCACAGAACACUGGUUGGCAAGCUCUGCUGCAGAAUAGAGGCCAGCCUUGGGUGCCUUGUUAUGGACUUGGGGAACAGAGUCUCUCCCAGCUGAAGUACAUCUUGCUUCAAUCAAUUUCCUAGGACUAUAGAAGAAGAAAUAGGAAGCAAAAAUGCAAUUUUACGGGCAUUAGGCCCUGCCAGUGAGAAACAUGAUUAUUUGGUGGGCAUUUCCUGGAACAACUAAUUUUUACUGCCAGAGCUGCAGUAGGGUAAUCUGUAAGAUUUCCUGCCUCUCCUUCCUAAAAGGUUGGGGAGAGGGAUGGACGUGUCACUUUUAUUGGAAGCUUUUCUCAACCUCCAAGACUAAAUGGGCCCGCUAUUUUUAUAAUACCCCUGUACUUUUCCUUCACAGCACUUGUAACAGUUUAUUAAAAAAAUUAGAAAUUAUAUACAUACAUACCCGUUUCCGUCGAGUCAAUCCCGACUCAUAGUGACCCUACAGGACAGAGUAGAACUGCCCCAUAGGGUUUCCACGGAGCGGCUGGUAGACUGAAACUGCUGACCUUUUGAUUAGCAGCUGAACUCUUAACCACUGAGCCACCAGGGCUCCUAUACAUAUAUAAAUAUGUAUAUUUAUACAUAUAUAGAGAGAAUAAUUAUUGGAUUAAGUUAUCUUCUCCAUUAGAUGGGAAGUUUCAUGUGUCUGAUUUGCUCCUCUUGUAACCUCAAACAACUAGCACAAUGCCCGAAACGGACUAGAAAUUCAGGAGCUAUUUGUUGAAUGAAUGAGUCUAUGAAUGUCCAGUGUCUGAUCUGUAGCUUCAAGGACAGGAUAAUCUCUGUGAUUAUAAAGUUCAUGCAUGUCAGACACCCAGUGAGGAAAAGUUCCAACUGAAAUUACUAUUGGUCCCUUGGCCUUCAGGCAGGUAAAAUUAACUGUUGCCUGAGUAGUUUGAUUUCCUUGUGUGCCAUGUAAAGCUAUUCAAGAUUUAUUUGUUUAGGUUUAAACACUGUUCUAUCAUUCAAACUUUUUUACAAGAUGAAAGCACUCCUAAGAGGAUUAUCAUAUUAAGUUUGGACACUUGUGUGUGAAUUAGUUGAUGCUAUCUUUUCUUUCAAGGGUAAUACUGACAAGUCAACAAAGGGAAGAAUGUCGUCCAGAACUAAAUGAUUUGGACCUUGGAAAUCUGGAGUAUGUCUGAAGUGGGUGGAGAGUUAGCAACCCCUGGUGGUUGUUAGUGUGGAGGCAGGGGCUGCAGACUGGACUGGCUCAAACAUGGCCAGGUGGAGACAGAAGUUAGAGGAGAAACUUAGGGCAUUCCUGAGGGUAUGGACUACUUCCACUGGUAACCACUGGAACUUACCUGAGCAGUAAAGAGCUUAGCACCGAAGAAGGGCCACUUCCGGGCCACGGUCAAGUAGAUGCGGAUGCACUCGGGAGAGGAGCAGCCUUGCAGUGCCAGCCACUUUGUGGUCAGUGUAUCUGCCAGGUGCCUAGUUUGGACAGAUGGAGAGAAAUGGUACCAGUGAAGUGCCAGCAUGUUUUCAUUACAGCUCAUGCCUCCCCACAGUGACAUUCCCCAAGACCUUACAGCUUACCUCAGCUGUUCAGCGGGGGGCCCAUGUCUGUAGCGCCUUGGGUAGAACCUAUCUAGGACCUGCUGGAGGAGAUGCUGAGCCUUGGCAGGGGGUGUGCCCCCAGGGCCUGGCAGGGUAGGCUUCUCCAAGUCUCCGUAUUCUACCUGUGGCAGAAGCACAUGGGGAGGACCAGUCAAGAACCUGGAGGUGGAUGAGGUGGGGGGGCUGCUGGAGAGUUGAAAUAAACUACUACUUCAUUACUUUGCUGGUUGAGUGCAAACGGAUGGGAAAGACACUUGUGAACAGAGCCUUUAUCUCAAGUUUCAGAGACAUUAAAGAAACAACCAUAGGUUCCUAGAAUAUUAGCGAUUAUCUAGACCAACUCUAAUUUUGUAGCUGAGGUUAAGUGCCUGAUAUCCAAAGACACAGUUAAUUAGUGGAAGACAAGGGAAAAAAUGUGGAAGUUCUGGCUUUCAAUCCAAAAAGCAUAUAAAUAUGGGAUACAGGAUUAAAAAUGCUACAGAUCCUGGUGUACAGCAGUGUUCCAAAUGUGGCCUUUGGAGUUGGACAGCUGGUUCAAAUCCCCGCGCUUCCAUUCACCAGCUUUGUGACCCUGAUCAAGUUACUUAAACUCUGAGCUAAUACAUGUAAAAUGCUUAGCACAGAGCUCACUAUAGAGUAUUCAAUAAAUGUUGAUUAUUAUAAAAAUCAACUAUUAUUAUUUCUCCUCCUCCGGCAUGUAAGUCCAGACUCUUUCUUAUGGGAACCAUGAAGGUGUCCCAGAUACCUCUGGCAAGACAGCCUCCUAAAGGUAACAGUGAGAAGGGUCAAAGUCAGAUUGUGAGUUCCUCUUCCUGUUCUACUUACAAUGUGUAUCAGUUUACAGAUAUUAUCACAUAUAUGAUCUCAUUUGAUACUUAAAACAACCCUCUAGGGGCAGGCAGGGGGAUAUUUUUGUUUUCAGUAUACAGACAAGGAUACUAAAGUACAGAGAAGUGAAAUGACUUGCCCAAGAUCUCACAGUUAGAAGGUGGCUAGGAUUCAGACAAAGGCCUCGGGAUUCCAAAUCCAGUGUUCUACACUUAGCCUGUAUCUGCAGUGAGUCAGCUUCUCUCCAUAGCCAAGGACAGCACAACUGCCUUCCCACCACAGGAUCUGCAGACUCACCUGUGUUUCACACUGCAUGGUGCAUCCUCCCUCCCCCCAUCCCACCCCCAUGAGUCCAAAGAUGGCAGCUGAUACUCCUGAUUCCUGAACAGAAACUUACCUGGGCCAUCAGGGCAGCCAUCUCAAGAGCCAGUUCCUUGUUGACAGGAAACCUCCCUGCCACUAUCUCCCCAUUAGUUUGGGAGGCAAGCAGCAGCCGCUCUCGCUCGGUCUCCCCUUUGACUUGACUCCGAAAGUAUAGCCUUCAAGGAAAAGAAUGAGAAGAGGCUGGGCUCAGCUGGGCUUCCAAACAGGGACGAGGCUUUCUUGGAAUCUCUUUAUCUACAUUUUCAAAAAAAGAAACUACUCUUUUUAUAUCAUUUGUGUACCUAUCUUUUAUUGCCUCCAGAAAAAUGUAACCAAGUAUGUAUGACCCAGAGCAGAUAUAGGGCCAUGUAGAUUUCAUACCAACUGUAGCAUGUGGUUGACUAUGAAUACACCGUUAGACUUACUAGAUUUGGUGAGAGGAAUCUGGUAUGUGGAAUCAUAGUUUAUGAGGGAAUUAGAUGAGUUAAGAUUCCAAUAAAACCAAAAAACCAAACCCAUUGCCAUCGGGCCGAUUUAACUCACAGUGACCCUGUAGGACAGAGUAGAACUGCCCCAUAGGGUUUCCAAGGAGCAGCUGGUAGACUUGAACUGCUGACCUUUUGGUUAGCUGCUGAGCUCUUAACCACUGUACCAGGGCGCCGAGAUUCCAACAGACUAAUGGAAAUUAUUUGCCUGGAGACAUAUCUUGGGUAUUUUCUUACUUAAAUUGAUGAAGUCAGAUUGUCUACUGUAUCUCCUGGAAUUGGUAUAGGAGCUAUUUACUCUUUAGCCUUAAAUAUCUGGUACCCAUACAAAAUUUUACUCAUAAGGUAACCCAUGAGGUUGGUCUGUUUUCUUGGCGGGUAUGUGCAGUACAAAGGAAAGCUGACUGAGAGUCUGAGCUGCCCAGGGCCUCACAGAGGAUCAGGAGCAGAACUAGCCUGGGCCCCCAGCUGAUGACCACCAAGCAAUCUUAUUUAUGUCUCUCUGUGGGCCCCUCUGCCUGUCUGGGACAGGCCCCACAGUUGGGGAGGGGCUGAGCUGGCACCCUGCCUUCAGCCAGUGCUCAGGACCUGUUCUUGUACAUGAGCUUCACGAUGCGUGUGCCACCCUCAGACUUCCCGGGAUGCAGCUCCUUCAAGGCUUGUUCCCACUUGGAGAUGACAUCGCAGAUCUUGAGGAGGCAAAAGAGGAAAGUCAGAAAAGCCUGUGAAGAAGGGAAGCUAGGUCCAGCCAGGGCUGCGCUUGGACAGAGCAGAAGAGCAGAACUGAGUGACUGUCCUUCCAUCAGGAAGCUGACCUGCGAGACCUCACCCUCCUGGGACGUGAGGUGUGUGUGACUCCCUCAUGAUCAGACAGGGAGGUGGAAGGAGACCUGUACGUGAUGUGAGCAGUAAAGCAAGGAACGUUGCCCUCGCUGGCCUGAACAAGCCUCCCCGACCCCCCACCCUGUCAAAAAAACAUGGCCUCACAUCACUGGCUCCAUUUCCAACACACUGACUGCCGUUCUCCUCUCCAAAUAUACCCAGAGGCCUACUGUGUAACAAAGCCUUACAGGGGCCAGGAACUUUACAAAGAAGACAUGUGACAUAGUUAUUUCAAGCUGUGAUAAGAGACUAUAGAAGCCUGUCCAAAGAAAGCAGUUACUGGUGUUAAAAUACUCAUAUUCAUCAAGUGCUACAGCACGUUCCCACAAACACUUAACAUAUUCCAUGGCACUGACCCCAGACCACAAUACAAGGUGGACCUUUCUUAAAUCUCAUUCAAGGGCCUUUGCUUACAGAGGUACCAUAAGGAUCUACCCCCUUAAAAUGUGGGUGGACCUACAAGCAUAGCACAGGCAAGGUACAAGGGAGGUGCUGGUAUACAACACGGCUUGCAGUGAGCCUGGGCAGAUAGGUGUCCACCUAUGAGUACGUGUCCAUUUUGGCAGCAGGCUUGGUUGGAGCUGCUGCGGAGAAGUGUCUCCCUGUCCUUCCUCCACUGAGUUGUGAAGAAGCUUUUCUCCUGAAUGUUGUACAGCCACUUCGGGGAAAUGGGUAUGGAGACCUUAUUUCCAGAGACAUGGCCACGUAACAGUUUUUCUCUGCCUGCAGGUGUUUUAGGAUAGCACAGAAAUACUUCCCUUCCCAAUCACACAUCUGUAUCUUUGUGACUUGUGGGAGCACCUUAGGCUCAGCACCAAACAGGCUGCUGAACAGUCAGGUACCCACCAGAUGGGCUCUCUCCCCAAGCUGGGAGGUGAUCAGGAGGGGUCAGUCUGCUUGGUGGGGAGACUAUCACCUUGACACUCCCCUGGAGGCAGUGUUCCAGGUCCCUGCCAGAAGGAUCGUCUGUGAAGAGGGAAAAGCCAGAGUGGGAGGACUUUCUCAUGCCUGUCUCUUGGUUCAGCCGCUGGAGGAACUCAUCAACUGUGGAGGAGCCAUCAAAACCAACCACCUGAGGAGAGAGAAGUGUCCUGUCCCAGAGUGAAACUCCUGAGAUGAGCUCACCAGGGCUAAUAAAGGGGGCUAGAAGUGGGAAGGGCUGGCUGAAUGGAGCAAGGGGGAAUGCACGAGGCCAAAGAAAAUUGGUUUCAUAUUCAUAUGCAGAGGGCAAGUGCUUAAGGACUGAGUUCGCCCCUUGUAAACUGGAACUGGGCAUAAAGUUUGUUCCUCCUUUAACCGUCAAAUUUUUGGAUGCCUGUGGUCAUGUUACUCUCUUGGUCAGUGUCUUAGUUUCCCUGUUCACGCAGUGGGUUCAAAAGAUCUAGGGCGCCAAAUAGACAAGUGAUUCAACCUCCUUUCUCCCCACACACUGGCACUAAUCCCCACUCUCCAAACCCUAAGCCCAUCCCUUUUGCUGGCUUGCCUAUUAAGACUCUGCUAAGCCUAAGAAGGUUUAGCACCCACCUGGACCAAAGGUAUUCACCUAUGGGGCAGUGAUAUGAGAAGGCUCAGGGCAGGGAGCAUGCCCAGCCUCCUUACCUGGUAAGUCCCAUUGGCAAAGUGCACAGGGAUGCUGAAGGGCAAGGAGUGGUGGAAGGGGUUACGCAGCAAGAUGGACACCACUUCCAUGCGAGAUGGCCUGGCUUCCCUCUCCCCAGUCUGCAGAGUCCGCUCCACUGCCCGCUGGCAGUAGGUAGCAUACUGGCCAGUCUCGUUUCUAAAAAGACAGAGGAGAAGGAAAAGGGGAAUAUUAGGAAUUCCACUCGUCCUUGCCACGUUGGCACUUCCAGUCCCUACCCCAACAUAGCCAGGAUCAAACCUGUGGGCUGGGGCAGGCUGUGAAAAAAGCCCCAAAGACUGAGGGCAUUAAUAUGUCAUUCAGGGCCUAUAUGCUGCACGUUUCUGGUGUGGAUAUUUU